GUCAAAGCUGAGGCAGAGGUGGCGGCGGUGGUGGCCCGGAGCGCCGCGGUGAGUGGCCCGCGCGACACGCGCCGGUCCCGACCCUAUGCGGUGACUCGUGUGGCGCAGGCGCUCCUGCCCCGCCGGCGGGGCCCAGGCUUCCCGCGGCGGGAUGUUCUCCCGAAGGAGCCACGGGGAUGUGAAGAAGUCCACCCAGAAGGUGUUGGACCCCAAGAAGGACGUGCUGACUCGCCUGAAGCACCUGCGGGCGCUGCUUGAUAAUGUGGAUGCAGGUGAUCUUAAGCAGUUUUUUGAGACCAACUAUUCACAGAUAUAUUUCAUCUUCUAUGAAAAUUUUAUAACACUGGAAAAUAGUUUAAAAUUAAAAGGGAAUAAUAAGUCACAAAGGGAGGAGCUGGACUCCAUCCUCUUUCUUUUUGAAAAAAUACUGCAGUUUCUACCUGAGCGAAUUUUCUUUCGAUGGCAUUACCAGAGUAUAGGCUCAACUUUAAAGAAGCUUCUACACACCGGAAAUUCUAUUAAGAUAAGAUGUGAAGGAAUCAGGUUGUUUCUUUUGUGGCUUCAAGCACUUCAGACAAACUGCGCAGAAGAACAGGUGCUGAUUUUUGCAUGCCUCGUGCCUGGUUUUCCAGCGGUCUUAUCAUCCCGGGGGCCCUGCACACUAGAGACACUCAUCAAUCCUAGCCCUAGUGUAGCUGAUGCAAAAAUAUUUCCAGAAGAAAUCACUCCACUCCUGCCAGCCAUAUCAGGGGAGAAGAUUGCUGAGGACCAAACCUGCUUUUUUCUUCAAAUACUGUUGAAAUAUAUGGUUAUUCAGGCUGCAAGCUUGGAGUGGAAGAAUAAAGAGAAUCAGGAUACUGGUUUUAAAUUUCUUUUUACAUUGUUUCGAAAGUAUUAUCUUCCUCAUUUAUUUCCAUCAUUUACUAAGUUAACAAAUAUCUACAAACCUGUACUUGACAUCCCCCAUUUAAGACCAAAGCCAGUGUAUAUUACUACAACUCGAGAUAAUGAAAGCAUUUACAGUACAAAAAUUCCAUACAUGGCAGCUCGUGUGGUUUUUAUUAAGUGGGUUGUAACAUUCUUUUUGGAAAAAAAGUAUCUAACUGCAACACAGAACACUAAAAAUGGAGUUGAUGUAUUGCCGAAAAUCAUUCAGACUGUUGGUGGUGGAGCAGUACAAGAGAGGGUGCCAGAGUUGGAUAGCAGUGGGCCAACAGAGCAAGACAAAAACCAUUCUAACAGCAGCACCUUGUCUGACCGAAGACUCAGCAACACCAGCCUUUGUAGCAUUGAAGAAGAGUACCGAACGGUGUAUGAAAUGGUGCAGCGGAUUCUCUUGUCAACACGUGGUUAUGUCAAUUUUGUGAAUGAAGUAUUUCGCCAGGCAUUUUUGCUGCCUUCCUGUGAAAUAGCUGUAACAAGAAAAGUAGUUCAAGUGUACAGAAUGUGGAUCCUGCAGGACAAACCUGUGUUCAUGGAGGAACCAGAUAAAAAAGAUGUUGCCCAAGAAGAUGCUGAAAAAUUAGGAUUUUCAGAGACUGACAACAAGGAGGUCUCGUCUGAAAAUUCUGGUCAUAAACGAUCUUCCAGUUGGGGACGCACAUACUCUUUCACAAGUGCCAUGAGCAGAGGAUGUGUGACAGAAGAGGACAAUACAAAUGUGAAAGCUGGUGCCCAGGCUAUGCUGCAGGUAUUUCUGACAAAUGCUGCAAACGUUUUCUUGCUGGAACCAUGUGCUGAAGUUCCCAUGCUCUUAAAAGAACAAGUUGAUGCUUGUAAAGCUGUUUUGAUUAUUUUUAGGCGCAUGAUAAUGGAGCUUACAAUGAAUAAAAAGACAUGGGAGCAGAUGUUGCAAAUACUACUCAGGAUAACAGAAGCUGUCAUGCAGAAGCCAAAGGAUAAACAAAUAAAGGACUUGUUUGCCCAGAGCUUGGCAGGGUUACUAUUUAGGACUCUCAUCGUGGCUUGGAUCCGAGCAAACCUCUAUGUGUAUAUUUCUCGAGAGCUCUGGGAUGACUUUCUUGGUGUGCUGUCCUCCCUCACAGAAUGGGAGGAGCUCAUCAGUGAAUGGGCAAACAUAAUGGACUCUUUGACAGCAGUGCUUGCAAGAACUGUUUACGGAGUUGAAAUGACAAACCUACCUCUGGAUAAAUUAAGUGAACAAAAGGAGAAGAAGCAACGAGGCAAAGGCUGUGUUAUAGAUUCUCAGAAAGGAACAACUGUGGGGAGAUCUUUUUCUCUCAGCUGGCGGAGCCACCCAGAUGUGACUGAGCCAAUGCGAUUUAGGAGUGCCACCACUUCUGGAGCACCAGGAGUUGAAAAGGCAAGGAAUAUUGUUCGCCAGAAAGCAACUGCUAAGCGAAGCCAGUCUAUCAGCAACUGUGUCUACCUUUCUGAGGCUUUGCCUGCCACUAAAAGCGUCCCGCUCCUCCUUCACACCGUGAGCGCUCUCUUACCUGGUCUCUCUUACUCCUCUUGCUCUCACAGGCUGUCAGAAGUGGAGGAGUGUCAACAGUCAGAAAAUGCACCUGUAGCUGAGUCUGGUCAUCUCAUGGUGGGACAGCAACAGGUCCUCCGGAGCAGCAGCACAUCUGACAUCACUGAGCCACUGUGCUCAGAUUCUUCUCAAGGUCAAAAGGUAGAAAAUGCACAGAAUUUGAGUUCUUCAGAACUCAGGGCCAUUCAGGAGAAUAAAGGACAUGUGAAGAGAGAACAUGAAGGAAUAACAAUCUUAGUUCGAAGAAGCAGUAGCCCUGCUGAAUUGGACUUGAAGGAUGAUCUGCAGCAGACACAAGGAAAAUGUAGGGAAAGGCAGAAGAAUGAUAGUACCAGCAGUGACACAGCUCUGGGCUAUAACAAUGAGGCAGAGCUGUCUAUGAGCCCAUGGCAGACUUGUGAGGAAGACCCAGAACUGAACACUCCCACGGAUGUUGUGGUUGACUCUGAUGCCCGCCAUUGGUUACAACUGAGUCCAACUGAUGCUUCAAACUUAACAGACAGCAGCGAGUGUCUUGCAGAUGACUGUAGUAUAAUUGCUGGAGGGAAUCUCACUGGUUGGCACCCAGAUUCUGCUGCUGUGUUGUGGCGAAGAGUCUUGGGAAUCCUCGGAGACGUGAAUAAUAUCCAGUCACCCAAGAUCCAUGCCAAAGUUUUUGGCCAUCUCUAUGAACUCUGGUACAAAUUAGCAAAGAUACGGGAUAAUCUAGCAAUAAGCCUGGAUAACCAGUCUUCUCCAUCUCCUCCAGUCUUGAUCCCACCACUCAGAAUGUUUGCAUCAUGGCUAUUUAAGGCAACGACGCUGCCAAAUGAAUACAAGGAAGGCAAACUGCAAGCCUACAGGCUGAUCUGUGCCAUGAUGACCAGACGCCAGGACGUUCUGCCAAACUCAGAUUUCCUGGUGCAUUUUUACCUUGUGAUGCACCUGGGAUUAACCAGCGAGGACCAGGACAUUUUAAAUACCAUUAUAAGGCACUGUCCACCGCGCUUUUUCUCCCUGGGUUUGCCUGGAUUCUCAAUGCUGGUGGGAGACUUUAUCAUGGCUGCAGCAAGGGUCCUUAGUACAGACAUGUUGGCGGCACCUCGUGCAGAAGCUCUCACCAUCCUGGGUUCCCUGGUGUGCUUUCCAAAUACCUACCAGGAGAUCCCUUUACUACCGUCAGUGCCGGAAGUGAAUGAGGUCAUUACAGGAACUGAAGAUGUCAAGCAUUACCUCAUAAAUAUUUUACUGAAGAAUGCCACAGAAGAACCAAAUGAAUGUGCAAGAUGCAUCGCCAUUUGCUCACUUGGGGUCUGGAUCUGUGAAGAGCUUGCACAGUGUACCAGCCAUCCUCAGGUGAAAGAAGCCAUCAAUGUGAUAGGUGUAACUUUGAAGUUUCCUAACAAAAUUGUGGCUCAGGUAGCCUGUGAUAUUCUUCAGUUGCUGGUUUCCUACUGGGAAAAACUUCAGAUGUUUGAAACCUCUCUGCCUCGGAAAAUGGCAGAAAUCCUUGUGGCUACAAUUGCUUUCCUAUUACCAAGUGCUGAGUACUCUUCAGUGGAAACAGAUAAGAAGUUUAUUGUAUCCUUACUCCUCUGCCUCUUGGACUGGUGCAUGGCAUUGCCAGUGAAUACCCUUCUCCAUCCUGUGUCCACAGUGGUCCUGGAGGAGCAGCACCCAUCCCGGGCCCCCUUGCUGGAUUAUAUCUAUAGGGUUCUGCACUGCUGUGUUUGUGGCUCAAGCACAUACACCCAACAAAGUCACUAUACACUGACUCUGGCUGACUUGUCAUCCACGGAUUAUGACCCCUUUCUGCCACUGGCAAACGUGAAGAGCUCUGAGGCAGUUCAGUAUCAUUCAUCAGCAGAACUGGGGAACCUACUGACUGUUGAAGAGGAGAAAAGGCGAAGAAGUGUGGAACUGAUCCCUCUGACUGCCCGAAUGGUGAUGGCCCACCUGGUGAACCACCUGGGUCACUACCCUCUGAGCGGAGGCCCAGCUGUGCUGCAUAGCCUUGUCAGUGAGAACCACGACAAUGCCCACGUGGAAGGCACUGAGCUGUCUUCUGAGGUGUUCAGGAGCCCCAACCUGCAGCUGUUUGUAUUUAAUGACAGUACCCUCAUUUCCUACCUUCAGACACCUGCAGAAGGACCUGGGGGUGCCCUCUCAGAUGUGAGAGUUAUUGUGAGGGAUAUAUCAGGGAAGUACUCUUGGGAUGGAAAAGUUUUAUAUGGGCCUCUGGAGGGACGCUUAGCACCCAAUGGAAGAAAUCCCUUAUUUCUAAUUUCGGGCCACCAUCAUCACACAUUUGGACCUCAGAAAGAUCAUUCCCAAAUCGAAGAAGGAGAUGAUGUCCUUGACAAACUACUUGAAAACAUUGGCCACACUAGUCCCGAAUGCCUUUUACCAUCACAGCUAAAUCUAAAUGAGCCCUCCCCACCCCCAUAUGGCAUGAACCGUGAGCAAGAAAAGGAAAUCAUUGAGGUCAUUUUGCGCCAGAGUGCACAGGAAGACGAAUAUGUUCAGAGAUGUAACUCUGAUUCUUCAAUGAAAGUUACCAGCCAAGGGCAACCCUCGCCAGUGGAGCCCCGAGGGCCUUUUUAUUUCUGCAGGUUGUUACUCGAUGAUUUGGGAAUGAAUUCUUGGGAUAGAAGGAAGAAUUUUCAUCUUUUGAAGAAAAAUUCAAAAUUAUUGAGAGAAUUGAAAAACCUGGACUCUCGCCAGUGCCGUGAGACACACAAAAUUGCAGUGUUUUACAUUGCCGAAGGUCAAGAAGACAAGUGUUCAAUCCUCUCCAAUGAAAGAGGAAGCCAAGCAUAUGAAGAUUUUGUGGCUGGUCUUGGAUGGGAGGUGGAUCUCUCCACCCACUGUGGGUUCAUGGGUGGCCUUCAGCGCAAUGGCAGCACUGGUCAGACAGCCCCUUAUUAUGCUACCUCUACUGUGGAAGUGAUUUUCCAUGUUUCCACUCGGAUGCCAUCAGACUCAGAUGAUUCACUUACCAAAAAGCUCCGUCACUUGGGGAAUGACGAGGUCCACAUCGUCUGGUCUGAACACUCCAGGGACUACCGCAGGGGUAUUAUCCCAACCGCCUUUGGAGAUGUUUCAAUCAUUAUUUACCCAAUGAAGAAUCACAUGUUCUUUAUAGCCAUAACGAAGAAACCCGAGGUUCCAUUUUUUGGUCCUCUGUUCGAUGGAGCCAUAGUGAGUGGGAAGCUGCUGCCAAGCCUUAUAUGUGCCACCUGCAUCAAUGCCAGCAGGGCUGUGAAGUGCCUCAUCCCACUCUACCAGAGUUUCUAUGAAGAGAGAGCGCUGUAUCUUGAAGCAAUAAUUCAGAACCACCGAGAAGUCAUGACAUUUGAGGAUUUCGCAGCUCAAGUCUUUUCUCCCUCUCCCAGCUACUCCCUCAGUGGAACGGGGGCCUUGGCCUCCAUCCUGAGUGCUGACCUCAAAGAGUCCCUUGGUGUGGAGGAGACGGACCAGACUCCCCUGCCCUUUUCCCUUGGCUCCAAACCCAGAGACUUCAGGAAACUCCAUGACUGUGCCAGCGCUCUCAGCAAGCUUUCGUAUCACUGGAUCCUUGAAGUCAAAGGUGGAUCCCACUGAACCAUUUCAUGUGGAUCUUUCAAGUGGGGCUAUGUCAUCUCAUCCUAAAACUUCUCAAACCUCCAGCUUCCAAAAAAGAAAAAGUCACCAACAACCAGAAACAAACCUCCUGUCUCUGAUUUACUCUGGUGUCUGCUCGCUUUCAGGGAGGGGGCAAAGGGAAGUUGGCUUCUGAACCCCAAGCUGGUUACCCUCAUUUAUAAACCCAAGCAGGAUUCCCAGAGGGCAGUAAAACAAUCGUGGAAUUGUGGAAUUUUCUCUGUAUCAAUUUUGUUAGUUCACCUUAUGUUAUGAUUUAUGGUUUGCUCAAAAAUUUCAUCAUCAUUGAAAUUGGCUUUCCCAGGGGUCUUUAGCCUAGGAGUUUUCUCUCAGUUGUGAAGUCUUUUGCCAUCUUAUACCCAAGGUCCACACACUGAGGUGAUUUUUCUGACCACUCAGAGGACUCCCAAGUCAUAAUUCUGAUCCUAUCCCAGAACACUCAGAAGUCUCUAGAAAUACAAGGUCCUAUCCUGUGAGACAGACGUCCUAUCUUGUAAGACAAGAAGAAACCCCAGGGUUAGUCCCACAUCCUUACAAAAGGCAAAUGCCAGUGUCUGGUGCCACAGUGAGGUGGAUGGACACUCUAGAAAGUCCAGAUGCCUCCAAAGCUUCACCUUCAUUUUCCCUCCUGGCUAUUACUCAAAGAGGGCCAAGACAGGCCUUGGAAAUGCUUCUUGUCAUGCAGAUUGCAAGCAAGAGAUUUAUUUGAUCCAUAGUUUUUUACCCAUUUCGACCUGUUAAAAAAGAUAAUAAAGGGAAGAGAAAGAAAAGAAGGAAGGAGAGAAGGAAAGGAAGAAAAUAAAAAAUCCUGUCUUCUGUCUGGGCUUGCUCUGCUCCCUUGCUGGGCAUCUCUGGGUGAACCCUGCCAUGUAGCAACAGGGAAAUCAAUCCAUAGGGAAGACAGCCUUCUUCCUGUGUCCCGCCCCUGGGAGCAGUCUCAGAGCUAGAAGUUUGCCCCUCUACCUCCAAGAGAAAUCUAAGAAACUCAUCAGAGGCCAUCACACACUGCACAGUUCUUGCUCUUGUGAGACCAUUUCAUAGUGCACAAUGCCCCUUGGUUUAGAGUGGGAAAGCAGUAGGCAAUAUGCAGCCAUGAUUGGCCCUGGAUAUGAAAAGGUGUGUACACACCUUCCCACCUUCCUGCAUGCUGCCUUCUGCUCUUCACACACACUUGUAUGUUACACUUUCCCUGAGGAACCAAUUUUUUCAUGAGCCAUUGAGUUGAUUUGGCUGAUACCUAGUAGGGGCAGACCCAGGUGUCAGACUCACUCUUGGGACAAGUGAGAAAGACUAAGAACAUCAUUCCCAUCAGAAAAGUGGAACUUCCAGUGUUAGGAAGAGUCUGUCUACUUUAUGUAGGAUUCAGGCAGAGAUUGAGUCCCAGGACCAUUGGACAGAGCUGUUUGAAUGUAAGAGAAUGGGGGACAUUGCUAAGUAGAAGUAAGCUUUAAUCACUUUGGGAUGUUUUCUUUUGGGGCGUGAGCAGUGCUGGGGACUAAACCCCAAUGCCUUGAACCUCCUAGAUAAGAGCUCUACCACUGAACUACAUCUCCAGCACUUUGGGGCUAUUUUCUAAUAGCCCAGUGCAUUCACUUCUUUGGGGAUUAGUGACAAAAGAAAGGGUGACUAGAAAUCAUGGUGUUUCCUAUCCUGCUAGCAAAUGCCUUGCUUCUUAUUCUCACCCACUCCCCCUCCCAUCCUUUCCUUUUCUUUAAGUAAUUUGGGCUUCCUGGUCAGCAGAGUUUGGCCAGUAUUGCUCAGGCUUUUGACUGUGAUUGAUACACUUGGUUUCAUGUUUACAAAGUACCCAGACUUUUUUCCUAUAGAGAAGCACAUCACCUGUUCCUGGGGUCCUGAGUCCCCCAUAGCACUCUGGCAGCAAAUAACUUCCCACAGAAUGUUUUAUCUCCAGGCUCUAGAAAUUUCUGUUGCAGAAUUCCUGGCUGAAGUAGAAGAAUUUGGAAGUCUUUUUUUUUUUUUUUAAUGGUGUUGGGAACAGAACUAGGGACCUUGUGCAUGCUAGGCAAGCAUCUGCCACUAGGGAACAUCCUGGAAGUCAUAUUUAACUCCCCUGGACCUCUGCUCCAUGAUUCAUUUUGCCUCCAUGAACCAGAGCUUCUGACCUUGGAGUGGGAAAUUCAAUUGUAGGUAGCAAAUAACUCAACCUUCAUGUAAUCCCUAGUGAUUUUAACAACGCUGUGACCCCAGAUGACAGCCAGCAGUUUUGUGACUAGAGGUUUUUGUUUUUUUUUUUCUUUUAGUCCACUGUUCUCAGUAACAGCUUUGGUUUGGAGAUGGAGUGGGGAAGCAGGGACUCUGGCAACCAUGUUUGCUUGCAAUCACAUGAACUUGGUCGUUUUUGUUAUUUGGGGUGGAAAAUUGAAAUGAGGAAUUUUUUUUUUCAGUUAGAAAAGUAAAUAUUGUGUUUUUGUAAUAAAUGCCUCUUAGCAAAAUUGCUGAGGGUCACUCAUCCAGUAGAGACCCUCCUGAGUCACAGCGCUGACUCAUCACAUUAGUAUUAGUAGUUCAGCCAUCUGUAAACACAAGUGUUCCUAAUUGGCCCAGAAUGUGAUAAGAUUUGCUGGCCUCGCACUGGGCCUGGGCAAUUCCCUCAUUUCUCUGCAUGACGAUUUCCGGAUUUCCACUUAGAGUUAACUGAUUUUUAUCAUAUCAUUGAUCACGAUUUUAUACUUUAAAAAUAGUAGUUCCACAAAAUAACUUUUAAAAAGUAGUUAAUCCUUGAGCAGACACAAGGAAAGAAACUUAGCCCGGGUAAGUGACUGUCACGGUGUCUUCAGCUGCCACACUUGCAGCUUUUAAGAGCCAUGGGGUGGAGGGGACCCUUGACUUUGUGAUGUGGGUUGAUUAAUCAGGACCCUUAGCCUUACAAACAAGAGAUCAUGGAAGAUUCAGAGAGCCAUGCAAAUCCAGUCUUCCUGAGCUUUCUCAGGUGUCACCACCUGGGUGCAACUGACCUGUUAUCCUUGCAUCAAGUGGAGAUUUGGUGAAUCCUUUAAAAUUUACUGUGAUGUCUUACAUAUAGCUGUGUUAGUUUUUAUCUACAGAAGGCAGAUGUCCAAUCUGAAGGGAAAUUCAACGAGAAACAACCAUCGUUGUAGUUGCACUCAAUAUCUCUGUAUGACAUACACAUUAAGUGAAUGUUUUCUUAUAUUUUUAGGUCUACAAUGUGUAAAUAGGGGGAAAAUUUGAUAAAUAUGGUAAAUUAAGUUAUAGCUGUCAUUUGAUCCUUAUUUUGCUGUCUCUUUUUAUUUAAUUUUCCUGAUGCUGCACAUCUAGGUUCAUUCUUAGGUGAUAGAAACCUUCACAUCUAGUCCACUUUCCCAGGUGUGUGUGUGUGUGUGUGUGUGUGUACACGUGCACAUGCGUGUAUGCACACGCCAGGACCCACUUUACAGAGGCAGUCAUGCCCAGGAAAGCACACAGCUCCACUGAUGACGUCUCUUGACUCUCUACCCUCUUCCCCUUGAAUUCUGAUUUACUGUGAUGAUUUAAUAAAGUGGAGAAACAGCA